CUUUAAAAUGGUCAAUUCUAGAGAAGUUCCAAGAUUACCUCUAUGGUAAUACCUUCACUGUCAUAACGGAUAACAAUCCAUUAACCUACAUACUUACCUCAGCUAAACUAGAUGCCGCCAGUCAUCGUUGGCUUGCAGCCCUUUCCACAUUCAAUUUCAACAUCAAGUAUAGGCCUGGAAAGAGCAAUCAGGAUGCCGAUGGCCUCUCUAGGCGACCCCAUGGUAUGUUGGUUGAUGAUGAUGCUGAACUGGAAGAGAAAGAAAGGAUAAAACGGUUCACGUCACAUCAUCUAGCAUCAUCAGCCGACCAGUUAAACUUACCUGCAGAUGUGGUUACAGCUGUUUGUCACAGACACCUUCUAAGAGAGCCAGACAACUACUUACCUUCCCUUACGAUGGUUGAAUCCCUGGCUCUCCAAGCUGAGGCUGUACCAGACAUCUAUGGUGAAGAAAACUUAAUAGGACAUGAAACUGUACCCGCCUUUAGUGAAGUGGAACUCAGAGAACGACAGGAAGCUGACCCCAUCAUCAAGCAUGUCAUUAGGUGGUUAAAAGCUGGAGACAAAGUACCCAGUGACAUCAGUCCUGACUCCCCUGAACUCAAGCUGGUACUUAAAGAGUGGAAGCGUCUUGAAAUGCGAGAUGGUCUUCUGUACAGGAAACGUCAGUGUGAAGAGCAAACAUCCUAUCAGUUCGUACUUCCAGAGUCACUCAGGGCAACUGUACUCACUUGCCUUCAUGACGACAUGGGGCAUAUGGGGAUAGAGCGUACAACUGACUUGGAAAGAUCAAGAUUCUAUUGGCCACGAAUGGCUGCUGACGUCGAGCACAAGGUCAAAACAUGUGGACGAUGUGUCAGAAGAAAGACUCCGCCUGAAAAAGCAGCACUUCUGGUCAGUAUCCGGACAUCUAGGCCAAUGCAGCUGGUUUGCAUGGACUUCUUAUCGCUUGAGCCUGACACCCACAACACUAAAGACAUCCUGGUCAUCACAGACCACUUUACAAAGUAUGCAGUAGCCAUACCCACUAAAGACCAAAAGGCUGCUACGGUUGCAAAGUGCCUGUGGGAGCAAUUCCUGGUGCAUUAUGGGUUUCCUGAGCGCCUGCAUAGUGAUCAGGACAGGGACUUUGAGUCUCGAACUAUUAAAGAGCUCUGUGCCAUAGCUGGUAUCAAGAAAGUGCGGACAAGUCCCUAUCACCCACGAGGAAAUCCGGUUGAAUGGUUUAAUCGCACCCUUCUUGGCAUGUUGGGUACUCUAAAGGAUAAGCAGAAGAGUCACUGGCGGGACUUUGUAAAACCACUCACACAUGCCUACAACUGUACCAGAAAUGAGGUUACAGGGUAUAGUCCCUACGAGCUGAUGUUUGGGAGACAACCCAGGUUGCCUGUAGACAUUGCAUUCAGUUUACCUGUCAGACAGGGGAAACCAGCAUCUCACUCACAAUAUGUGCGGAAUCUCAAGUCUAGGCUAGAGGAGAGUUAUCAGACAGCCAUUGAAAACUCUCAGAAAGUUGCUGACAGAAACAAACAGCGUUUUGAUAAGAGGGUCCGAGAAUCUAUCCUUGAAGUGGGGGAUAGAGUCCUGGUGAGGAACGUCCAUUUGCGGAACAAGCACAAACUUGCAGACAAGUGGGAGUCUGCUGUGUACUGUGUCCUAAAACAGAUGGGAGACAUACCGGUUUACAUGGUACAGCCAGUGAAUCAAGAUGGUCCAAUCCGCACUCUGCACAGGGAUCUUCUGUUACCAUGUGGGCAGUUGUAUGAAGCUGAAGAAGAUGAAUCAGAUCAGCCCAGGGCCACACAUCGUCCCAGGACACGACAAAAUUCUCCUCAGCAGCAAGAAGAGGAAGAUUGUGAGUCUGAAGACGACUACACCGUCUUUUCUGUGAUACCCUCAGCCUUUACUGAGGAAAUGUUCACAAAUGUAUACGACAUCCAAAAGAAGCUGGAUACAUCUGCCCAUCUCCCUGGAAAGAGUGAUUUGUGCAAGACAUUACCACCCCAGUCUCCAGGGGAGCUUGCAGCAGGUAUUGAGUUAGCAUUGUCGGCACAAGGAGCAGAGGUGUGUCUUGAAGAGGCUGAAGAAUUACAGCCAGAGACUACUGUUGAACAACCUCCUACUGAGGAUGUGGAGAAUGUGAUGACAGCUAUCGUUCUAGAAGAUGAUGAUGGUCCCUUGUUGGAUCUUGGUGACCCAGAAGAUGGAAAUAAUAAAAUAGGAGUACAGAAAACUGACAUUGAAAUCCCUGACUGUUGUGAUCAACAAGAUGAGGAAGUACUUGGAGAAGUUAGGGAAGAUGCAUCAGUACGUCGAUCUGAAAGGUCAAGGCGAGCACCUGGCCGAUUUCACUACCCACAGUUGGGAAAACCCCUCAUAUCAUUUGCUCAAAACCUUUUAGAAAGUUUCAACAAUGCACUCAGUAUAUUUUGUGAAUAUGAAAGUAAAGAACUUAUAACAGUUUGAGCCAGAAUAUUGUAGCACAUGAAGGGACUCAUGCUGAUUUAGGAGGGGAGUGUGUAACCCAUAUAGUAUAUGCUGUCACUAAAGGGUUAAUUAGUUGGGUGUUGAAUUACAUGGUGCCACUAGAGGGCGUGCAAACACUGUUUUUUUAUGUCCGUCAUUGGGAAUUUUCCGCUGUAUCAAGUUACAUCAGGAAAAGCUCUAGUUCACCUGGCGAAAAUAGAUUGAAAACAGUACGAUAUCGAGACAAUUCUAAUCAGGAGUUGUUAAACUUGCUAAUCAAGUGUUGAUAAAAUAAUAUUUUACUAGUAACCCCAGGACUGCAUUGUGAGAGAUGUUUUAUGUUGUUUUCCACCGUGAUUUCUGCUGAAACCUCCGAUUGGUUUUUAUCCUGGAUUUAGUUUGGUUCCAAACCAUACGGACUUCGAUGGCGAGCCUGUCCCAGUGAGUGAUAUUCUACAGAAGGAACGUUUGGACGCAGUGUGGCCAGCUGUGUCGGAUUCUCUUCUGCGGAGUGACUGAACUGAUUUGUAUCCAGACUUUGGAUUCCAUGGAUUCCAGAUAAGGAAACUUGAAUGUGUUUCGGUUUACUACCCGGAUGGAAUCUCGCUUCAGGAGACGGGCUGAUGGCAGCUUGAAUCUGACAGAUUUAGUGGAAGCGACAAAGGUGAAGGAAGCCAGCAAAGGAAAGCCGCUCACAAGGCCCCUGUCCCCAGAGGCAGUCCUGACCAGGCCAAGAAAAGCCUACAUCAGCACCAUGGGGAUUUAUCUAUUAGAAAGCACCUGCUGGGUUUCUUUGAAAUCCAGUUUUGGGCAAACAUUCAGGUGGGUGGCUAAAAAUGCCCUGGGGUAUGCUGCUAACCUGGUGGCAGAUAUGAAGAGGGACCCCACAGGAGGCAGCAAAGACACCCAAGAACAUUCGCACAACAAGGGGAGUUUCAGGGAGUAUAUUGAGCUCUUUCCUUCGGGCAGAAUUGCCAUUGCCAUGAAGGAAGAGCAAUAUGCUGGGAAAGCUCCCCAGCAUGCUGCUACCACCCAGCACGCUGGCCCCACACAGUUCACCGCCCCCACCCAGCACGCUGCCCCUACCCUGCAUGCUUCCCCCACCCAGCACACUACCACCCCUCAUACUUCCACCGCCUCUCUAUGCUCCCUCUUGGUUGGGAAGUUGCCUAACCAGAGAAACCUUGCACAACAGUAGAAAGGCUGGUUUCACCCUUUAAUGCCACACAUUGUUGGCAAACAUUUAUUUGUAUAACACAUUUUUGAUUUGUUUAGUAUUUAUUCCUGUUCAGUUGUUAUGUUUAUCUGUGCUGUGUUUUGUAGCUUUGACCCAGGCAUGUGCGCGGCCCUCAGCCACCCAUACCCGCCCGACUGUCUCCAUUGAGGCAGCCACAGGUCCCUCAGCCAACGUCACCCACCCGACUGUGUCUAUGGGGCAGCCACAGGUCCCUCAGCCACCGUCACCCGCCCGACUGUGUCCUUUGAGUCAGCCACAGGCAGGGUACCCGCGGGGUCUUAAAAGCAUUGAAAAAGUCAUAAAUUUGAUAAUCCAAAAUUAAGGCCUUAAUAGCCUUGAAGUUGGUAUAAAAAGUUACAUAAAAGUUACAUUACGUAAUUUCGUUAUAAAUGUCUUAUUUUUUUUAUUUUAUUUUUUUUAACUUUUCCUAGGAUUAAGUUCAUACCGUAACAAAAUGAACUGUUACUAGUGUAGGCUAAUUAAAAAUUCACGUCAUAGCAGUAAGCGCGAAAGCUCGCUCACCCGUUACUAUGGUUACUAGGCAAGUGAGGUAAAUUACAGAACAAGAUAGUAGCUAGCCUAGUUUGUCGGCUAAAAUGGGAAAGUGUCGGUUUAAUCCGCUGUGGACAAGGAAUCCGAAUUACGUUUGGGUCAAGCUUGUGCCAGGAAAUGAACGCGAGGCCUAUUGCUGUUGGUGCAGGAAACCUUUUAAGCUAGCGACAAUGGGUGUUACGGCCCUGGACUCCCAUAUGAAGGGUGCCAAACACACCGUGUGUAGCACUGCUCGCCAGCGCCAACCAUCUAUUGGCCCGUUCAGCUGUGCACCACAGAUCACUUCGGUUACUGAAACAGCUCUGACUAUCAAUAAUGAAGACAUUUCUACAAUAGAAAUGCCACCACAGCCAAGGAACAUUCUAUCGUACUGUGGCUCGACACCAACUCUGCGGGCAGAGGUGAUGUGGGUCCUUAAAACAGUCUCUGAGCACCACUCUUACACUUCAAAUGAAAACGUUACAGAGAUUUUUAAAAUCAUGUUUCCUGACUCGGAGGUUGCAGCUACAUUCUAGUGUGGAAGCAACAAAACGGCAUAUAUUACUCAAUUCGGAUUAGCUCCCUUUAUAACGAAAGAACUGACUGACCAUGUCAAUAUGUCCAACGGGUUUGUGAUCAUGUUUAAGGAGACUCUCAAUAAGGUGACGAAAAGUAAGCAGUCGGACCUUCAUAUUCGCUACUGGGUGGAAGACCACGUCCAGUCACGAUACUUCGGCUUGCAGUUAAUGGGUCAUGCAACGGCGGUGGACUUGCUCAAACAUUUCAAAGAGUGUGUAUGUGACCUUGACUUGAGGAAGAUGGUCUCUGUGUCUAUGGCUGGACCCAGUGUUAAUUGGCGUUUUUUGGAAAUGUUGCAGCAGGAGCAUGCAGAGCAUUUGGGGGUGCUCAGCUGGCAGUGGUGGGGAGUUGUGGCCUGCAUACUCUCCAUAAUUCUGUCAAAUGUGGAUUCACCGACUGGCAAAUGGAGAAGUUCCUAAGAGCUCUGCAUACAAUUUUUCACAAUGUGCCAGCAAGAAGGGAGGAUUUCUGUAAUCUCACAAAGUCCAAAAUCUUCGCUUUGCCUUUUUGUGGUCAUCGCUGGGUCGAGAACCUCCCUGUGGCGGAGAUGGCCCCCCCAUCUGGCCAGACAUGAUCAAGUAUGUUGAGGCUGUUAGCACCAAAAAGCUUCCUUACCCUGCGACGUCCUCCUAUGAUACCAUUGCAGCGGCAACCAAAGAGCCUCUCAUUCUGGCAAAGCUUCACUUUUUCAUGGCAGUGUGUCGAAGUGUAACACCUUUCCUCACCAGAUACCAGACUGAUGAUCCUGUGCUGCCUUUCAUUGGUAAUGACUUGGCUGAACUGCUGAAGGUGAGAGUUUGCUGAGGUGAUUCAUUAAACAAGAACUUCUCAAUGAUGCCACACCUCAGCAUUUGGUCCGGCUUGAUGUUAGUGACAUACAGUCCAGAGUUCAUCUAAGAGCUGUUGAUAUUGGCAUUGGAGCUGAAGCUGCAAUAAAGGAACGUCAGCAGCAGAGUAGAUCCACUGAGGAGCUUUCUGUCCUCCAGUUCAGAAAGGAAUGCAUGGAGGGUCUGUCCAAAGUUGUGAAGAAGAUUCAAGAGAAGAACCCUUUGAAAUUCCCAACUGUAAGGCAAAUGACUUGUCUUAACCCAGCUGUGAUGUAUUCAAAUCUAGAAUUGUGUCAGGGCCAGAUGAAGUGUCUAGUCAAAAGGUUUCUUCAAGACAAGCAGUAAGAUGGGGUUGCUACAGGUGAUCUGAUCAUUCAGCAAUUUUCAUAAUUGUUGUCCCUGGAGGUGAGGAAUGAGAAGUUCCUGUCUUUCAAGCCCCUCGAGAAGAGGCUGGAUGUGUUUAUCCAUCCUUAUAUAAGUCAGCCCUACCCAAAGCUCUGGGCUUUCAUCAAAAACCUUCUGCUCCUCUCCCAUGGGCAGGCUACGGUGGAGAGGGGCUUCUCUAUCAAUAAACAAGUAGAAACUUCUUAUAUCCAAGAGGACACUGUCAUUGCACAAAGAGUCGUGUGAGAUUACCUGUCCAUGCAUGGGGGUGUUACCAAGGUGCCCCUCACACCAGAGCUCCUGUCUUCAGUCACAUCAGCAAGGGUGAGGUACAGGAUGCACCUUGAAAGUGAACGAAAGAAAAAAGAAUCUCAAGCACAUAGUCAAAGAAGAAUAAUGAUUGAAGAGGAGUUGGAGCAGCUAAAAAAGACAAGACAGACCAUCCAGGAAGUUGCGGAGCAUCUGAGGAGGGAUGCAGACAAGAUGGCAGAGGAGGCUGAGGGCAAACAAGGCAGCAAAAUGGCAGAGCUAAUUGCCAAGUCAAACACGUUGAGAAGAAGCUACAGGCAGUAGUUGACAGAACUUGAGAGCCUGGGCGAAAAAAUUGCAGCCAAGGCAGCAGAGCUGCGAAGGCUGUAGUGUUCAACACCAAGUUCAAAUCUAUUUGUUUAUUACAAAUCAAAUGUGCUACGCUGUUGGUAUUAAAUAUAACUGAUAAUUUAAAUAAAAUGUUUUAUUUAAUUCAA